GGCGGCGGCCAUGAAGCGGUUGCGGUGUGGAACGGCCCCGGAGCCGGGCUGUCUGCAGGCGUGGGCGGCCGAGUGCGAGGCCCUGGCCGGGCGAUGGCGGGCAGCGCGGGGCUCGGCGUACGGAGGAGCGGCGGCGGCGGCGCGGCAGCUGCGAGGCGCCUUCGGGGAGCUGCUGCUGCAGAUGCGGGGCUUGCCACCUGCCCUCCCCAUGAUGCCUCUGGAGCUUACUGUCCUCUACAACUCCCUGCUCUUUGUCAUGGGAACAUCUGACUGCGCCAUCAAAGGAGAAGCAGAAGGAAUACGCCAGGGGCUCCUCAGGGUUCUGGAGGCUUGUGGAACCUCUGGGCAGGACCUUAGCACACAAGAGCUGUGGCAGAAGGUGCUGCAGGAAGUAACUGUUGAGGAACUACAGGCACCUUUGCACCGACUGGGGGCCUUGCAGGCAGCAUGGUGGCUGGCAACUAGCUGCCUGCAGAACAUCAUUGACCUCUUCCGGCUCCUAAGCAGUGCUGAGGAUCCUGAGAGAGCUCCCUGCAGAGCAGAGAAGAAUGAGCUCCUCACCCUUCUCAAGGCAUGGAGAACACCUGCUGAGGAGGCCUCUGUUUCCCUUGUACAGAGCACUGAGGACUUGAAGGAGACUCUGUGCACUGCAGCUGCCUUCUUGCAAGGGUUGCAAGAGCUGGAGGCAGGGAACCUCUCCACUACCCUUUGCCUUCUCCAGGAGGCUGCAGGAGGAUUCUGCUCCAAGAGGGUCCUGGCCCAGAUCUACGUCUGCCUUGGCUGCUGUGCUCAGAGAAUGGGCAAGCCUCAGACAGCACUUCAGCACUUGAAGCAGGCCCUCCAGGUAGACUUCCAGUGCCAUCCUGCCCUGUCUCACACAGCCGCGGUGUACCACGAGCUGGGGGAGACAGAUGCGGAGCUGCAGGCCCUAUAUCUACUCUAUGAGGCUGUGGAAAAAAACCCUCCAUCAGCUACUUCCUCAAGUCCAUACUUCCUAAUCCGAGCAGAACUCCUUGUCAACACACCAAUAUUAGCUUCCCUCCUUCGCCAUCACCACCCCUCUGAAGUGAAAUACCUGUUGGCACAAAGGUGUCUCCGGGAUGGGAGGGUGGCUGAUGCAGUGGAACAUUACCUGGAUUUUCUGUCUCUGCUUCAAGAGGGGCUGCAGCAACAGGUACCCCUAGAUGGUGGCUCACCUCUGCCUAGGAUCCCUGAGGUGUUCCUAGAAGCAGCAUCUGCCUUGGAGCAGGAUGGAAGGCAUCAGGAUUCGUUAACAGUGUGUGAUGAGGUCAUCAGCAGGACAACUAACCUGAUCCCAAAGAUAAUACAAGUUGAGGAGAAGCUGGAGCAGCCAGAGUGUGCAUCACUGGAGACUGGGCUGGCUGGUGGGCUUCUGUCACAAAAGAGAGAGAGUCUGUGCUGCCUCACAUGGAGAGCAGCUGCGUACCUGCACCAGGGCUGGGUGUGGAGCAAGCUGGGCAAGGGCAAGGAGGCCAUAAUGCAGUUCAGCAGGUGCCUCAACGACCUCUUGCGAUUUCAGCCUCGUGGGUGUGGUGUUGAACCAGCAGAGAGUCUCCUGCCAGAAGUGAAGGUUCUCCAGAAGAUCAGGUUGCUUUCUCUGAUUGGGCGAGGUAUGCAGUUUUUGGAGCAGGAGAAGCACAAGGAAGCCUUGCUGGAUUUCCAGCAUGGCUUGCAGAUCUCACCAGAUGACCCAGCUGCUGCCUCUUACCUUGUGCAAGUCCUGUGGAAACUGAACCGAAAAGAAGAGGCUGCUGAUUACUGGCAGAAGUACUUAGAGAGCCCUGCUGGGGAAGAUGGGCAGCAGGAAAGGCAAGGAAGGCACUUCCCUUUGUACCUGGACUCAUGUCUGAAGCAGGCAACCUUCCCACAGAAUGAAUCUCUUGCUAGGUGCAUACAGGAUUACCUCAGGACUACAAGGCAGGAUUCCUCAAGGUAGUCCAGUUGGUCAACUCAUCACCACCUGCUGAAUUUUCACUGCACCAGGAUGGCAUGAGGCCCUUAAGGACUCCUCCAAGCCUCAAAGCGACUUUUGGAUGAAGGUGGAUUCCUAAAAGACUGAAACAGAAUAGACUUCCUUUUUUAAGGAUAGCCUCAGAUCUAUUUAGUUUUUGUAAAUUUUUCUGGGACUUCUUUUCUCAAGCAAUUCAGAGUGAACCUUUGCAGUGAAAAUCAUGGCCUUGACACUGCUGGAGCAGCUGUGAGUCUGAGGAAUAUAAUGUGGGAGUGUGGGAGAUCAGGAGUGGAAAUAGCCUUGUUCUUUUGAAGUUUACAUCAGCUGUGCUGCUGUACUUUGCUGAGGCCUGCUCUGUGCUCCCUGCUGCAAGGAGCUGAUGGCAAAGCUGAAUGUUCUUACAAAAUAAAGGGCUGUGAGAUGCCCCGUCCUACCU